UAUGUAAAACGGGGAACUGGUGGCUUCCUGCCGCUCAGAGGAUACAAGCUGCUGCAGAUGCCAGACGAGCUCCAGACAUGGAGAAGGUCGUGACUAAAUUUGCUCAUCAGCGGUUGGGCGUCUACGCUGCCAUCACCAUGAUGUUCACCUACAACGUCCUGCUGGACCGAGACUUCGCCUGCUCCUGCAAAGCUCAGACCUAUAGUUGCAACUGCUACUUGGCUCUGCCUGUUGUCGUCAUAUUUGUGUUGAUGCUGUGGACCAAUGGGCCGUUUCACAGCGUCUGCAGACACAUCUGUAUAAGACCCUAUCCGGUUUUCAGCUUGGUGAUUCACAUGUGCAGAGCUCUGCUGGUCGGGCUGCUGUGGAUCGCCUUCGUGCUCAUCGAUGGCGACUGGUACGUCUGCUGCAAGAACGACCUGUCGGACCUGCUGGAGCACCUGCCCUGCACGGACCAGCAGAAGCUCACCACCGAGGAGCGAGUGAAGAUUGUUGACCUGAAGAACAAGUCCAGGGUUUGGGGUUCCUUCCUGCUGCUUGGUAUCGUCUGUGUGGCAGCGUUCAUGUCCAUGUUUAAGUUUACCACCUGCUGCAACCCAGAAACUUUAUAUCAGAGGCUGAUUCUGGAGGCAGAAGGAAACAAACUGCAGGAGGUUCUAAAGGAAGCAGCAGAACAGACGCUGAAGGACAACGUGAACAGGAAGAUAAACAACGGACGGUGGGACGAAGUUUGUAACGUCACUGAAACCCUGAUGAACGAACCACCACCACGAGGACAAGCCCUGGACGAGCAACAAGACAGAAACGGAGCAGCAGAACGCCAGGAGGAACAAAUCGAACUGACACCGAGGGCAGAGUGAGAACGUCUGGGCGUCGGAUCCACCAGCAGAAGAAACAACGAUAUAAAAUAACAACAACAAAACGAAAGAAAUACCGAAAGAAACGAGCACGAACUUGAAUCUGUGAGUCUGUGACUGUUCAGACAAAAGAAAACCUUGUUCUGUGAUUUACUGUCGUUAACAGCUGAUUUAAAAUAUUUAAACAAAACCACCA